AUGGCUCAGCUCCCCCAGGAGCUUCAAGACCAAAUCUGGAGCGACGCCGUCCGCCCCAUCAGCCCAGGCCACGAUGGCGUCCACUUCUUCACCAUCUUCAACCCUGUACAUUCCGACGAAAAGUUCAGAGACCAUCUUGUCGUCCAGCAGGCGGGCUACUAUUCGAAUCGCAGCGAGUUCCCCCUUAUACUUAGCGCACCGACAUCGAAAGACAACUCAUCGCAGCCGUCGUGGAAUGUUGGCAACCCAUCCACAUACGCUGCCGACUUUGGCCUCUGGACCGCCUGUAGAGACUCGUACAAGGCCAUCUACAAGGGAUAUGACCGGCUCAGACAGGACUCAAUUCAGAAAAUCGACCGCCCUAGAGCCUUUCAUACCUGGCAAACGCACAGAGAAGACUGCAAGGACUUCCCUGUGACGUUCUCUGCGGCAAAUGGUGACGGCAGCCCUGUCAACCUGACGGUUCUCCCGCUGCGCAACCUUUUUGUGCUCUGA